AUGAGCGAAAAAUGGCUGGCGUAUGAAAAGCUUAAAGAAGAAAUACUAGAGAAAAUACGAAAAAUAGAAGAAGAGCGGCACACUGUAGACUUAUGGCCGUGUGGGGCGGAGUGGGGCCGCAAGAGACGACGUCGACAAGUGUCGGUAUCUCCACCGUACGUAGUGUAUAUGUUGCCGGAUGCUGACAUCAUGGAAGAUUGGAGGUUAGUCAGAAAGCUCUUAGAAAGAAACGAC